AUCGCCUGCCCGCCGGGUUUUCCCCCCCUUCCUGCCGGUCCGUCGCUCGCAGCCCGUUAAAAAGAGGAGGCAAGAUGGCCGAGCUGGGCAGCAAGGGGGUCACGGCCGGGAAAAUCGCCAGCAACGUCCAGAAGAAGCUGACCCGGGCGCAGGAGAAGGUCCUUCAGAAGCUUGGUAAAGCAGAUGAAACAAAAGAUGAGCAGUUUGAACAGUGUGUGCAAAACUUCAACAAACAGCUGUCCGAAGGCACGAGGCUGCAGAAGGACCUCCGAACUUACUUGGCUUCUGUCAAAGCUAUGCACGAGGCCUCCAAGAAGCUGACAGAGUGUUUGCAGGAGGUUUAUGAGCCAGAUUGGCCUGGGAGAGAUGACACAAAUAAAAUAGCAGAGAACAAUGAUCUCCUGUGGACAGAUUUCCAUCAAAAGCUGGUGGAUCAAGCACUUCUGACCAUGGAUACAUACCUUGGCCAAUUUCCAGAUAUUAAAUCUCGUAUCGCCAAGCGAGGAAGGAAGCUUGUGGAUUACGACAGUGCCAGACACCACUUUGAAGCCCUGCAAACUGCAAAGAAGAAGGAUGAAACCAAAAUUGCAAAGGCUGAAGAAGAGUUGGUAAAGGCUCAGAAGGUCUUUGAAGAGAUGAAUGUUGAUCUGCAGGAGGAACUGCCUUCACUAUGGAAUAGUCGUGUUGGUUUCUAUGUCAACACAUUCCAGAGUAUAGCUGGCCUAGAAGAGAACUUCCAUAAAGAAAUGAGCAAGUUGAACCAAAAUCUUCACGAUGUCCUGCUGGGUCUAGACAAGCAGUACUCGGGCAAUGCCUUCCCUGUUAAAGCACAGCCCAGAAAGAAAACUAAACUGUUCGCCAGGCUGAGGAAAAAGAUGAGCAGUGACAGCACCCCAGCGAAAGCAAAUAAAAGCCCCUCGCCUCCACCAGAUGGAUCUCCCAUCACCAGCCCUGAGACCAAGACUGCCAACCAUGAGCUGGAGCCGUCCACUUUGGAAGCACCUGGGGCAAGCAUCCCAAAAUCACCGUCUCAGUUGAGGAAAGGGCCUCCGGUGCCUCCGCCUCCAAAAGUCACCCCCUCCAAGGAGAUCAAGCAGGAGAACAUCAUCAGUCUGUUUGAUGACAAUUUUGUCCCUGAGAUAAGUGUGACAACCCCUUCGCAGUUUGAUGCCCCUGGGCCCUUCCAGGAGGGAGCCAGCCUGUUGGAUCUGGAUUUUGAUCCCAUUAAACCAGAUGCCACUGUGGGGAAGACCCCCACACCCGCCUCCCAGUCUUUACCUUGGGAUUUAUGGGAGCCUGCAGAAGCAGCCCGCGCAGGAGCUGAAGCAGCUGGAUCAGAAGCAGCAGCUGGAGCUGAAGCAUCUAAAACUGAAGCUGACUCAGGAUCGAGCUCUUUGCCUGCUGUUGUUGUGGAAACUUUCCCUGCAACUGUCAAUGGCACUGUGGAAGGAGGUGCUUCAUCUGAGAGAGCUGACAUGCCCCCAGGAUUUCUGUUCAAGGUCCAGGCCAUGCACGAUUACACGGCCACCGACACUGACGAGCUGCAGCUGAAGGCCGGGGACGUGGUGCUUGUGAUUCCAUUUGAGAACCCUGAGGAGCAGCUGGAUGUGGGUGCAACAGCCAUGAACUCGAGACUCUCCAAGCUGCAGAGGGACGAAGGAUGGCUGAUGGGUGUGAAGGAGUCUGACUGGAUCCAGCAUAAGGAACUUGACCAAUGCCGAGGGGUUUUCCCUGAGAAUUUCACAGAACGGGUGCAGUGAAAAUCCAAGCCCACCAGCUGCAUUUCUGCUGGAAGAAAGCAAGUUUUCUGGUAGAUAACUGAAAAAGAACUAUGAAAGGAAAUGAAGAGAGAAUUAUGGAGUAGAAGCCUGAAAAAAAAGUCAACUUAAAGGAUGUGUUCUUCUCAAAGAGCAGGGUUUCAGAAGUUAAUUGAAAUUCAAAGUGUUAUUGAAAUAUAUACAUAUUAAUAAUAAUAAGGCAGUUCAGAUACCCUCUUCCCCUUUGGUUUAAACAGCAUUUGGAUUCAAAGGACUGGUGCAGAAGCAACUCAGUGAGGUUCUCUAAAUACUGCAUUGAGUGAAUUGUCAGAUGUCAGUCUGAUUCCUGGAAAGGCAGUUAUUUGUUGAAUGGCUUGAAAGUAGAAGCUGCAUUUGCUCUUGGGUGGGUUAAUCUGUUUUGUCUUGAAGGUGGCUUGCAUGGCAACCAUAAAAAUUCAGCCUUCCCUACAUCUUCAACCUACAGUAGGCCAAACUUUCUGUUAUGCUGUUGAAAAAAAAAUUUAGUGUAUAGUGUUCACCACUACAAUGUAUGUGUGUGUGUGUGUGUGUGUAUUUUAUUUUCUUCCUUUAAAACAAUGUUACAUAAACUGUGAUUUUAUACAUGUAAAGAGAGAAGAAACUACAUGGAAAGGGCAUGAAGAAGGUGAAAUGUGUGAAGCUGUGCUCGGUCCAAAGUUCCUUCAAAUGCGGACGCCUAAAUUCUCACAGUAGGGUUGGCCUUUGAAAACCUAAGGGGAAUGGACAAAUUCAAGAGGAGAAACAAGACAAAACAAACAGAUGCCAUUUGGAUGUCUGAAAUUUAGGAGAGGGAAUUCUCUAGUACACACAUCCCCAUCCCCAUACCCCCCAAAAAAAUCCAAACCUAUUGGUGGUUUCAGAAAAACUUAGAUUCAUGUAGAUGGAAAAUAGCUCUAAAAUCUACUGGUUAGAAAAUUUGCUUUUAAAGACAGAGAUGAGGGAUUUUUUUUUUUCCUGUAAGAAUAUCAAAGAGAAAACACUGAUAAAAAACAAAUUACUUCCUGUGCUUUUCUUUGGCGUUGUUUUUUGUGGAAUUGUAUUUAUUUUCCUUUGAAGAGUUCUAUAAGUGAAAUAUGGUUAGAUCAGCUUUUUCCAGUGCUGUGCUGAUGAUCAAGUUUUCAGUCUCUGAAAACUGGACUCUUGAAAUGCUCGUUUAAAAUGGCUGUGUGAUUUCAUGCUAUUGUAAUGCAUUAGAAAGGAAGGCAAGAAUAUCAAAGUGUCAGUGUCAAGAAGACACUCUGCAGUCCAAUACUGAUGCUGAGUCCUUUCCUUUACCUUUCCUUUGCUUCUGUUUGUUUUUGAAUUUUGUUUUUUUUUUUUUAGUUUAGACAAGCAGAUGACAAGGCAUAUUCUAAGUGCAUAUUACACUUGUUAAUAUAAGCCAGUCUGGCUCUCCAAGACUCUGAAGUCCCACAAAGGUACUUUAUAAACUUUACUUGAAUACUGAUGCAGCUGGCAAGCAAGUCAGGCUAUUUUAAUUUUUUACAGCUUCCCCUCCUCCCCCAUGAUUGUUUUGCCCUGAAGGGAUUUUUAACAGUGAGGUUACACCAUGCUCAGGAUCACUCUGAAAUGAUCUUCCAAACUGGUAGGAGUUGGCUUUUGUCAAAGCUGCACAAAAUCCUGACAGAGUACUGAAAAUCUCACCUUUUCCAGUCUGUUUGGAUUAUUUGUAGAACAACAGAAAAAUAUUGUAGGGCAAAAAUUGUGUUUAAAAAAAAACCACAACAACUUAGUUUGGAGGAACAGAUCUGAUUUUGAUUAGAAAAUAUAUUCUUAUAGAUGCAAGCAUUGUUGAAGUUCCUCCUGCUUUCAUCUUGACAGAAGAUUUAUGCUAGUUAUUUACAGCAAUGUAACAGGCAUUAAAUCUGUCCUAUAUACCCCAAUCCCUUCUCCUUUAUAAAAGAAAAAAUGUGCAGGAAUUUAUUUUGCAUCACUGUUGGAAACCCCAAUAGUAUUUAGGAGUAACUGCUCACAAUAUAGAAGGACUGGACUCCACAAAUUUUGGUAUGGUGAGCUGUUGCUUUAGAAUACUGCCCUGUUUGACUUUUUUUUCCUUUUUCAUCAGGGUUGUCUUUAUUAUUACUCUUUUUUGUUUUUCAAAAUAUCUAUUUUUAUGCAUUUGUGACUCCCAUUACUCCUUUAAAGAUUAUUCAUAUAAAAAUAUACAUUUAAAUAUACAUAGAAAUAUAUAUAUAUAAAAAAGCGGGUUGAUCCAAUUAACAUAAUGCUGUCAGCUUAAAAUGUUUAUUUUUAUGCAAAACCUGUGGAUAAUAGCUUUGUUUUUUUUUAAAAAAGGACAAGAUUCUAAGUUACCAGAGCUGUGAUUUUUGUCUUGUAAUAACUGUUCUAGACCAUUUAGAAAGCUGUGCUGAUACCUAAUUUAUUGUGGGUUUUUUUUUUUUGCUGUUGUUGUCCUCUGCUGUGCUUGAACCAGAUGACUGUCCCGACAAAGAUCCUUGUAAGGCCUUUUCAUUUUAUUGAGCUUGCAGAGCAACUAUCCAGUACUGUAUUGUCCCUGCAGAAGUGGUAGCACUUUGCAAAAAAGGGAUGUUGUUUUCAGGUCACGUGAGUGAUGCUCCAGUGUUGCUGGUGGGGAGAGUGUUAUGUCUCUCUCCAUUUGCUUCCCCCAACCCCAAAACCCCCAAGCCCCCUGGCUUAGAGCAGGUUAGGGUGGGUUACCUGGAUCUUGCAUUGCUCACAGAUAAGUGGUGUCAGCACAUCUCAGUCAGGUUCUGAAAAUGCAGGAUCAGACCCACAGUUCAUAAAUUGCCUUAGGUGAAAGUAGGAUGGCAGAGCAGGAAACUUGUAGAUGGCAGUGUUCUUUAGAGCCAGGAGAGCUGUCUCCUGGGUCGUUCAGCCCCUUGUAAACAGCAAUGGCUCCUCCCAUUUUCAGUGUUUUUACAUCUCCUAAAUACCUUGAUUCUGGUUGGUAUUACCUGGUGAAAUGAACUUCCCCUUUUCUUUGGUUUAGAUCUGAUUCAAAUAAAAGGAGGGACAGUAAACUCCCAAGUAGGCUGUGCCCUUACGGUUUUUCAGUUUGCAGGCUGAACUGAAAAAUUGAGAAAAAAUGUAAGGGUGACCUGAGACAAUUUUUUUUUUUUCCAUUUUCGCAGUGGAAUGAAAAAGGGAAAAAUUGAAACAAACAAAUCCUUUCAUACCAAAAUAAAACAUUAAUUUCUAGGCUUGCAUUUUAAUAAACGUUAUGUCUUGGGCUGUAACAAGUUGCUUUGAAGCAAAAAUGUGAAACCUUCUGUUUUGAAAAUGCUGAAAGAAAAUGUUUUAAUGUUAAUAGCCUUUUUGCCGUUUUUCUUAAUCCGAUGACUGGUUUCAGUUAGCUCUAAACUGUAUUUUUUUUGCAAUUAUCCACUGAAGAGAACCCAAAGAAGCCCAGUUCUGCUCCUCUGACAGAUACACUGGACACAUUUCAGGGAUUACUUGGUAUCUGGCCCAUCAAAACUGCUGUCUUCCCCAUUUAAUAAUCUUCCACUUGAUUGUUCUACUGGGUGAAAAAUAAAAGCAUCUCUCAUCCCA